AUGACAAUUCAGCAAGAUCUCGAAUUCCAGAACUGGGGCAGAACUGUACAGGAGACUCCAAGAUACACAUGUGUCCCCAAGAAUGUUGCCGAUAUACAGAAGACUGUCCGCUUUGCCAAACAGGCCGGGUUGGCCGUGAGGUGUGCAGGUUACAGACACUCUUGGUCACCGAUCUUCAGUCGCAAAGGCGAGGUCCUGAUCUCUCUACUACCUCUCGAUACCGCCACGGAGCUUCCUAAUAUCGCGGCAUUGCCAUUACAUGACGGCAGACCCAACGAUCUAGAAACCAUAGAGCUGCUUGAUGGCCCUGCACGACCAGGAGGAAAGCGCUUGGUGCGGGUGGGGUGUGCUACAACAAACGAGCGUCUUCGCCGCUGGUGCGUGGAGCACAACAAGGUGACCUUACCAUUCAACAUCAUCAUGGUAGAGAUCACCUGUGGUGGUAGCAAUGGUCCGAUUUGUCAUGGCGCAGGCAUCAAGCACCAGACUUUAAGCGAUCUUGUCCGAGCUAUCGAGUACAUUGAUGCCAAUGGCGAGCUUCGCAAAAUCACAGAUCAAGACUCCGACUUCCUGAAAGCAGCAGGUGGUGCUUUCGGCCUGAUGGGUAUUGUGACGCACCUCACCAUCGAGUUCGAUGCUAUGACCUAUGCUGAGAUGCGCCCGUACAAGCUCCCUGUAAUUCAAACCAUUCCUCCGCCUCCAGGAUUUCCAGAGGACAAGAUCCCGAAAGCUCUUCGACCGAAGAAGCCUUUGACGGAUGAGCAAAAGCGCAAAGCUCAGGAGGAUUUUGAGAAACAUGCCAAUGAGGACUAUUAUUCUGAAUGGUUCUGGUUUCCGUAUGCAGACGAGUGUUGGAUCAAUUGCUGGAACAACACGACCGAUGACUCUGAUGUCGAGGAUUGGCCUGGACCUUUCGCUAUCUUCUUGUCGUUUCUGCAACAGUUCACGCUGAAUGUGCUGCAGUACAACAAGGUGCUGACCGAAGUCGUGAAUCAGACUAAAAUUGCGGAGGCUGCAGUGACCUUGCUUUCUCGGUUCGCAAUGUUGAACAUGCCCUCCGUCGACGAUGGUGCGAAGCCGAUCAAGACACACCUGAUUAACGCUCUACACUUCCAACGAGCUAUCCAGAACGUCAGAGUCCGCGAUGUCGAAGUCGAAAUGCCACUCAUCCCCCAACGCACCAACCCAACCAAAGUCGACUACACCCUUGUGCAACAAGCGUGGUGGGACGCAAUCCUCAAAUGCUACGAGCACAGCGACAAAUGUCCGCAACGCUUCCCCUUAGAAAUGCGAAUCAUGGGAGGCAGCAAUGUCAUCUUGGCACCUCAAUUUGGUAACAAGCUUGGAACCUGUUCGAUUGAGAUUCUGACAUUACAGAAUGCUGUGGAUAUUUGGCAGCCUUAUGCUCAAGAGGUCGUAGAUGUGUGGAUGAGUUAUAAGGAUCAUGAGGGGAAGAGGAUUAAGACGAGACCGCAUUGGGCUAAGGAGUGGGUUGAGUACACGGUCGAUGGCAAACCCUGGUUCGAUAAAUUGAAGAACGAGGAUUUCAAGGACGAGAUUCCAGACUUCAAGAGGAUCCUGGCGAGGAUUGGUGAGAAGCACGGGUGGACGUUGGAGGAUCUCAAAUCGAGGUUCUCGAAUGAUCUUUUUGAUAGACUGGUCUUUGAUGAUGUGCAUGUCGAGAAGAAGAAGAAGCUGCCUGAGGCGAAUGGGAAUGCUGGACUCGAUGGGAAGAAUGGUAAUAAGAAUUGACAUUCUACUCGUUGAGGAGCAGUUUCGUUGACGAGUGUGGUAGGGAAGUUGGAAGAGAAGAAAAAUGGCAAGCCGCUUUUGCAGAAAAGAAAGAAGUUCCUCGAGGACUUGAGGUGCUGUUAGAUUGAUGAAUGCGAAAGGAGUUGAAAUUUUUC